UGUGUAAGCCAACUCUUCUUCUGAUGCUCUACCUAGGAAAUAAGAAUCCAUUUCAAUGCUGGAGAAAUGCCUGUCUUCAUAGGACUAUUCCUAUGCCGCAUUUACUGAAGGGAUUUUUAAAGUGCUCAGAAAUGAGUGAACAAUCAGAAAAAAACAGUUCUACUCCAGAGGGACACACAGGUCGAAGUUCUCCUGAGAAAAACUGUCAAAUCGGACAGAAGCAACUGCAACAGAUAGAACGGCAGUUAAAAUGCUUGGCGUUUCAAAACCCUGGACCACAGGUAGCAGACUUUAACCCCGAAACAAGGCAGCAGAAAAAGAAAGCACGGAUGUCAAAGAUGAAUGAAUAUUUUUCUGUAAAACACAAGGCUAUGAAGAAGUACGACAAAAGCGGCAGGCUCAUGUGCAACGACGCUGACCUGUGUGACUGCCUGGAGAAGAACUGCCUGGGCUGCUUCUACCCCUGCCCCAAGUGCAACUCCAACAAGUGCGGGCCCGAGUGCCGCUGCAACCGGCGGUGGGUCUAUGACGCCAUCGUCACCGAGUCUGGGGAGGUCAUCAGCACGCUGCCAUUUGAUGUUCCCGACUAGGAGCUUUUACAUGUGGACUGAUUUGUAUCUUCUUCCUUAUAUUUAAGCCAACCUCUUUCUCUUGGAUGAGUUUUAGGGGUUGGGGAAAAUGUUGGAAUAACAUACUUAAGACUCAUGUUCUCUGAAGCUGUAGGACAGUGGAGAAUGGCAGUCAUUCUCUAAACUUCUUACGGUGUCUUCUCAAAUUCCUUCACUUGUAACCAAAGAGAGUGACAGUGAGUGGAUAUCAGCAUCAACACCUCCAUCUCUACUCUGCUCUCAAAUUAAAAAUCUCUUUUCUCUUUUCUGGUAGUUGAGAGUAUGUAGUUUUAAGAUUUUCAGGGGCUGCCCAAGUGGUUAAGUUCCCAUGCUACGCUUUGGUGGCCUUCGGUUUGUCAGCUCAGAUCCUGGGCUCCAACCCACACUCUGGUGGCUCAUCAAGCCAUGCUGAGGUGGCGUUCCACAUAGAAGAACUAGAAUGACCCACAACUAGGAUAUACCACUA